GAACGAAUGGUUUUCGAUUCUUCGUCGAUUUCGAAUCAUUGAGCGCACUCCGGCCUGAAAUGGAUGGGAGGUGGUCGUCGUCGUCGGCGGUGAUUGGGUUCGGGCUUCUUCUCUUGGUGUCUGCCUCGGCUCAUCGGAGGAUCAUCGGCGACGAAAAUGGUGCCUCGCCGCGUUCUUAUCUUUUUGAUUUUGUGAAUUCCUUGUGGCGUCCUGAUGAAUCGUCGUAUACCCAUGUUUGGCCGCCUAUGAAGUUUGGGUGGAAAAUCGUUGUCGGAUCUGUCGUUGGGUUCUUCGGAGCGGCGUUUGGGAGCGUCGGAGGUGUUGGCGGAGGAGGGAUUUUUGUUCCUAUGCUUUCUUUGAUCGUCGGGUUUGAUCCCAAAACCUCGACCGCUAUCUCUAAGUGUAUGAUCAUGGGUGCAGCGGGUUCAACUGUUUACUACAAUCUUAAGCUGAGGCAUCCAACUUUGGACAUGCCUAUCAUUGAUUAUGACUUAGCAUUGCUCUUACAACCGAUGCUCAUGCUUGGAAUCAGCAUUGGUGUUGCUUUCAAUGUAAUUUUUGCUGAUUGGAUGGUUACCGUCCUCCUAAUCAUCCUAUUCAUAGGCACAUCAACUAAGGCCUUUAAGAAGGGUGUUGAAGCAUGGAAUAAGGAGACUUUGAAAAAGAAGGAGGCUAACAGACAGUCUAAGUUAAAUGUAGGUAGAGGGAAUGAAGAGAUAGAGUAUACUGCGCUUCCUAGUGGACCAAGUAAUAGCACUCAGAUGGAGAAUGAGCUAAUUUUGGAACCAGAGGUUCCAAUUUUAGAGAAUGUCUACUGGAAACAGCUUGGUCUUCUUGUCUUGGUUUGGUUGACAUUCCUCGUCUUGCAAAUAAUUAAGAACAAUACAACAACCUGUUCAGUGUGGUAUUGGAUAGUGAAUUUGCUACAGAUACCUGUCUCUGUUGGUGUGACAUUAUAUGAAGCCAUUAACUUAUACAAGGGAAAGAGAGUCAUUGCAUCAAGGGGACAUGAAGGAAAACCUUGGAAAAUUCAGCAGUUAUUUCUAUAUUCCUUAUGUGGUGUUCUAGGUGGUAUGGUUGGUGGACUGCUUGGUCUAGGUGGAGGGUUUAUUUUGGGUCCUCUUUUCCUUGAGCUUGGUAUACCACCUCAAGUUUCUAGUGCAACGGCCACCUUCUCAAUGACAUUCUCUUCUUCUAUGUCUGUUAUCGAAUAUCAUCUCUUACACCGUUUCCCUGUCCCUUAUGCUAUGUACUUUGUUAUCGUGGCAGCAAUCGCCGCCAUUAUUGGCCAACAUGUUGUGAAAAGAUUGAUUAUUUGGAUGGGCAGAGCAUCUCUAAUUAUUUUCAUUUUGGCUUUCACAAUUUUUGUUAGUGCAGUCUCAUUAGGUGGUGUAGGUAUUUCCCGCAUGAUUGAGCAAAUAAAGCAACAUGAAUACAUGGGUUUUGAGAACCUCUGCAGAUAUUAAGUGUAGAUGAUACCAGAUGCUGAAUACAUGUACUUGGUAAGGUGAACAAUGAUUAGAAAGCUUUCCUGUUUUAUUGUGCUAUGCCUGAGAAAUUUUAUCAGAUUAUCCAUUAGUUGAUGCUCUGGUGGUUCUAAUCCUCUUGCUUUCCUGGAGAAUUCAAGCUUAAUUAUGGUUUCUUGCAUCAUUUAAUAGGAGUGAUUUGCCCAAAUGUUGCAUCUUCAGGGUUAAUUUUAGUGUAUUCCUUGAUCUGAAUUAUUAUCCAGAGCAACAGGACUGGAGUGUAUAAUGUCAUGAAUGUACCUCUUGCUUCAUGAGUAGAUGCCAUAAAAUUAUAUUUUUUU